CAAUCCCAACCACUAUACCACCUAUACAAUCCCAAACAUCUCUCUCUCUCUCUCUCUCUCUGUUGCUUGUUUAAUCUUCUCACUCUAACACUACAGUAACUUCCAUUUGAAAACUUUGAGGCUUUUUCCACUCCCAAACCAACUUUUGCAACAAAAUCAACAUGGCAGAGGCAGAGGAACCCAAGAAACUAGAACCCGAGUCAUCCUCAGAUCCUCCACCUGCUCCGACUCCAGCUCCGGUGGAGGAAGAGAAGCCGGUUGUGGAAGCUCCAAAAGAUCCUGGGUCCCACAAGGACAAAUCUGAAAUUCCACCACCACCUCCUGAAGACAAGGCUGAGCCUGAUGAGUCCAAUGCUCUUGCUAUUGUUGAGAAGCCUUCUGAACCUGCUGCAGAAGAGAAAAGCAAGGAGGAUUCCGUCGAUCGCGAUGUUGUGCUAGCAAGAGUUGCAACAGAAAAAAAGCUGUCACUUAUCAGAGCAUGGGAAGAAAGUGAAAAAUCAAAGGCAGAGAAUAAAGCUCACAAGAAACUAUCUGCCAUCGGUUCAUGGGAAAACACCAAGAAGGCAACUGUGGAGGCUGAGCUGAAAAAGAUCGAGGAACAAUUGGAGAAGAAGAAGGCCGAGUAUGUGGAACAGAUGAAGAACAAGAUAGCCUUAAUACACAAGGCCGCGGAAGAAAAGAGGGCGACGAUUGAAGCUAAGCGCGGGGAAGAUCUUCUCAAGGCGGAGGAAACUGCUGCGAAGUACCGAGCUACGGGGUAUGCUCCUAAGAAACUUCUUGGUUGCUUUUCUGGCUGAACUUAAUGUUCGGGUCCGAUGGAUAAACAUUUGAUGAUUUGUAUAUUUGGUUUAUUUGGAGUACAUUUGUUUAUUUAGAUUUGUUUGUUUCUUCACAUAAUGGGGUCAUUGUUAGUUACUGUGUGUGUUUGUGUUUGUGUAUAUACCCUAAAUUUGGAGAAAAAUAAACUUAAUUUAUUUUGUAAAAGAUCAA